AUGGCAAUAUUCAGUUUAAGGUCAUUGGAUCUUUGUUGGACACACCAUGCACUAAAGUAUUUUCUAUUUACUAGAGAUAAUAAGUCCCCAGCAGGCCUUAAGUGGUCAAGGAUGCCAAGAAUCUCUGGGAAGUAUGCAAUGGCGGAGGGAUGUUGCAGACAAAUUCAGAAUGGCCCCUCUAUGGUACUUAGACUUGGAACGCUCAAUGUUGGAUCACUGACUGGCCGCAGCAUGGAAAUCGCAGAAAUGCUCGAGCGUAGAAGGAUUGAUAUCUGCUGCCUUCAGGAAACCCGAUGGAAAUCGAAUGGUUUCUGUCAUGUUAACUCAGACAAAGAAAAAUAUAAACUAUUCUGGAAUGGUCAAAAGACGGCCAAAAAUGGUGUUGGAAUUUUUGUCAGAGAACCGCUAGCCCAAGAAGCGAUCUCAAUGGCCACGUUGAAGAGAAAACAGAUGGUUUUGACAACGUACAUGGCGGUUUUGGCUAUAGAAAACGGAAUGAAGAUGGCAACCGCAUCCUUGAGUUUGCUGAAAGUCACGGGUUUUGUUUACUGA